AUGAAGCCCUGCGCGGUGCUGUUCCUCGUAGCCAUGCUCGCCGCGUCCGGUGCGGUGGUGCGCGGGGCGCCCAUGGCAGCGCGCUCGGAGUGCGACCCAUGGGCGCUGCGGCCGUGCGCCCCGGUGAUCCUCUGGAGCGCGCCCCCGUCCAGCGCGUGCUGCGCCAGGCUCCGGGAGCAGAGGCGGUGCCUGUGCACGUACGCCAGGGACCCCUACCUGGGCAAAUACAUCAACUCCCAGACCAGCAAGGAGGUCGCGGCUGCGUGUCGCGUGCGGGUUCCUAUGUGCUAG